CGUGAACACAGUGAAUCACGAGAGGAGACAUCGCAGGUAUCCUGGGGUAACCCAUCUUCCCACAAGCUGCGAAUUUUGAUCUAUACUCCUGGAAUUCUUAGGCUCGCCAGUUAGCACACCAUGGCAAGUGACCCCGAACCCCCCAUCAACGCCUCCAGCGCCAACGACCACGCCAUCCAAGGCCAAUCCCAGCGCCUCCGCUCGCUCUUCAAGGACUCAAACUACUCUACCCACCCGAAAAACUGGGACACACUAUGGAAAGAAUCCUUCACCCCCUGGGAUCGCGGCGGGUCCAGUCAAGCCCUCGACGAAGUCCUCUCCCUCCACCGCGAGGUCUUCCCCAAUGCCCCAAGCAGUGCUGAUGAUUGGGACAAGCCAAGACCCAAAGCCUUAGUCCCCGGCUGUGGGAGAGGUCACGACGUGCUGCUUUUGUCUGCACACGGGUAUGACGUCUUCGGACUUGACUCGUCCCCGACGAGCUUGGAGGAGGCCAAGAAGAAUGAGAAGAGGGUCGCGGAAGAGGAUGCAGAGGGCAAGUGGAAGGAGUUGUAUGCGCCGAGAAGGGAGCUGGGUGUCACGACGAAGGGUAGGGUGAUGUGGGUGACGGGAGACUUUUUCGAGGACGACUGGGUGAAUGACUCGGGAUAUGGACAGGUGAAGAAUGGGUUUGAUCUUAUUUUCGACUAUACGUUCUUUUGCGCCCUUCCGCCUGAAGCACGCCCACAAUAUGCCAAGAGAAUGUCCGAUCUUCUCAACCCCGACGGCGGAAGACUUGUCUGCCUCGAGUGGCCACUUGACAAGGACCCCUCAACCAGCGGCCCACCUUGGGGUGUUUCGGGCGACCUGUAUCUUGCCCAUCUUGGGCAUCCGGGCCAGGAAUUGCCAUACAACGACAAGGGACAGGUUAUGGACGGAAGCGCGGAUACAACACCGGGCGCUCUCAAACGGCUGGCACGUAUACAGCCCGCAUACACACACAAGGCUGGGUGCGACGACCAAGGAAACGUGAUUGACCGUGUCUCGGUCUGGAGCCACCAGUAAGGAUGGUCAGGGGAAACCUUUUCGGUACCAGUUACUUUGUGUGGGAGAGAGCAACUUAGCAAC